AUGAGCAACUCACCCACACGCGUUACCUCCAGCGAGGACUCCCGCGAACGCGUCCUUUACGGUCUCAUGGCGUUCCAAAGAUGGGCCAAGAGUCAAAAUCGGAACACACCGUCCGCGUUGGUCGAAGGGUUGGGAGAGUACGGAUUGGAAAUGAGCAUUUCCAAUCUAGAUCUUGGAAAUUCCUUUCAUCUUGUCCGGUGGGUCCGCGGGGACAGCAGCCAGGCGGUUCAAAUGUUUGAUUUUCGAGUCAAUGAACCCGAUACCAUUCGUGUCCGAUAUGUCAAGAGGACCGAUAAUGAUCGCCAUACAUUCAACAUUCGAACGGGAAAAGUGCAUUCGAUAAAGGGGAAUUGGAUGUCAGGUGACAGGGAGUCGCAAUCUGUCAUGGAAACUCCCCGUGUUGCCAGUGCCUACGAGUUGCUUCUGGAACAAUGGAUUUCUCCGCGGAAUUGGUGUCGGGAAGGGCGUUUCGUGAUUAUUCGGCCCAAGGACCUCCCAACCAAUGAUGACGAUGUCGUGCCCAAAGUGCGGGGUGUGACGUUGUGCAAGAGCGCUGUUGGAUUGCUUCGAAACGGCUACACCCUACUUCUGGUCAAGGGUGAUUUGAUCCAAAUCCCUCUGCCCAAAGAGAGAAGGAAGGCCAGCCCCAGCAUUCCACCGAAGCGCCCCAGCCUGGACGUCGUGGGCAGACACCACAACGACCCGAUGAUCUUGGCUUCAUCAUCCCCGAGCGGGCCCACAGAAGGACACAAUUCACUGGGAUACUUGCGGACUAUGCUGACUCGACCAAGCCCGGUCAACAGUUUGUGGGUGGCAUGUAUGACUGGAGCCAUCACGACCUGUAUAGGUAUGUGCCUGGUGCAUGGCAGGUAG